CCCCCACAAACAAAAAUAAUCUUUGGUCAAAAGCUAAGAGUGUAGUUUUUCUACUUCCUGGUUUCGUAUCAUCUACUAAAUGCAGGUAUAGUUCAGAUGAGAUAAUACGGAUAAAGACAAGCUAGUGUCACCAGCCAGGCAGCUGAAACAGAAAACAAAAGAUACCAAGGAAAUGAGGAGGAAUUUUAUCCUUUUUGUGAUCGUAACGGUUGUGAUUGUCAUACAGGACUGUACCCUCGCCGAGGAUCAAUAUGCUUGCUGUUCUGAAAAUUCUAACGAUACGGCAUGUUGUUUAUCAUGUUCAGAAUAUUCAAACUGUUCUUCAGUGAAUUCGGAUUUUAAAACCCUCAACAUCGCAGACGGAGCAUCAUGUCCGUUUCGUGCCACGACCCUUCCAGGCGUCAGUGCGUCCACAGAAACUACACCACAUACUGUGACUUUCGAAGACACAACUGUCACAGAGUCCCUGACGACUUUCGGGGUGGAGGAGAUAUUCACUAUCUGUGUUUUACAAUGUCCUUUGGGAUAUUAUGAAAAAAAUCAGAACUGCUAUAAAUGUGAUGAUCUGUGUGAAAACUGCACAUUAGAGGGUGGUUCUGUGAAAUGCUUAGUAUGCAAACAUGGUAUGAACAGUACCGACCACUGCUGUCCCAGAGGAACUCGGGAGAAAUUGUCAGGCAAUGUAACCAUCUGCGAGGAGGUGUCCACACCCACACCAGACGAAGACGAUUUUCUUCCCGUCAUUAUCGGUUGUGCCGUUGGCGGAGUGGCGGUGAUCUGCAUUCUUGUGGUUGUCGUCUGCUGUCUUCGCAGAAGGUCGAAAGGUUACAGUCAGACAAACGGUCAUGAAAGUGGCGGAGAAACAAAACGUCCAAUCAGCCAGUUAUUACAUAUCAAGAGAAAAAAGAAAGAUUCUUCUGAAGGCCAGCUUCCUAGCAAAGAGGACUUGAACGUCUUUCACGGACACCCUAGACCGUACGAAAACACAGCCACUAUAGACCAUAGAAGGAUUGCCAUUGGAGCUCAACAGGAGCAAGACAAGAAAGGUCGAUAUAUAAGAGAUCCAACAGAAAAGAACAAAAAAGCUCAGAAGCAAACCGAUCACGACGAAGAACCACAGGAGGUGUAUGAAAAUCAAGCUACUAUAGACUUCCAUACAGGGCAGUCACAGUUUCACAAGAAAAAGAAGGGACCAUUCAAUAAGUUGUCAAAAAAGUUUAAAUCUAAAAAAGGAAAAAAUGAUAAGCAUAAUGGGAAACCAGAACCACAAGAACCCGUAGGAGCCCCCACGGAGGAGUAUGAAGAGGUGAAUCCCCCAGCCACUCAAAGUAACAUGCCCACGGAAACUUAUGAAGAUGUGGGAUCUAAUCAACCAGAUUUUCCACAAGAGGUCUAUGAAGGUGCAGCACAGCAAAGCUUCAAUGAAGAUCUACCUCAAGAAGAGUACACGGCCAUGGAUCCAAGUACGCAACAACCGACAGAGGAGUAUCUACCAAUGAAAGUCCAGAGUACAAAGAGUGCAAAAAAGAGCAAGCCAACCAAAGUCCGUAAGACAAAAACAGAACAAGGAACAACCAAUCCGGUAUUUAAUGCAGGAGAAUCUAUUUAUGCGAACGUAGGUGGUGAUGAAGGUCAUUACCAAAAUCUUCAGUCUCUUUCUGAAGACCCUAACAUGCCAGAAGAGGACUAUCAGAAUUAUCAGGGCCCCUCAUCCAAGUGAUUCCAACAUCUCCUGUAAGGAAAAUGUUCCUUAUUUUACAUAAGGGUAAUGCUAUACAAUUGGUCGCAAGUAUGCACUGAGAUACUCGUUUAAGGUAAACAGUUUACCCAUGUUUCCCUGGCAUAUGAAUUCUUAACACUUGACUUGGAUAAGAUUAGAGCGUAGUUGUUUGAAAUUGGGUCUAGAGAAGUGAUUCGAGGAAUUGAGUAUAUACCUGGUAUGAAGUGUCUCGUGUUUAUUUAUACAAAAUAAAUAUAACUUGACAUGAUGUAAGCACGUGCAACCCCUGCUGAUAAGAUAAGAAAUGUUAACCUAUUGAAUACCAGAGAAGGGAAGUGCAUGUGACUCAAAUUGAUUUUUGAUCGAUGAUAAAAGUAUAUUUGAGAAGGAGAUGUACACUGUAGUUAUUUUGCAAUUUUUUCCCUCAAUACCAAUGUUUCCGAAAAAUCUAGUCAUGCAAAUCCAUGUAUCUAAUAUGAUAAUUAUUGCAAUUUUUGUCACGUUUUGAAAAUAUAUACUCUUUUAUUACAAAGUAAGCAUUAGCUUAAUUACUAGAGUAUAAAUUAAGUUUAAAAAUAAGUAUCUCAGGAUGUACAUUAUAUUUGGAAUAUAAGCAAAUGAGUCUAUUAUAUGUACAUGUAUUAACCUUUGAUUGUUAAUGAUUAAUUUAAAUUCUUCAAGUAUGCUUUAUUAUUUUAUUUGCAUGAUCAAGUAUCAUAUGACCAUGCAUUUUUUUUCGUGAAAAGGAAGAAUAUCUGUUAUAGGUAUUAAGUUUGAUCUUUGAAGCUUGAAAAUUAUACUAAAUCCUUAUGCAAAACGUGUUUUUGAAAUCCGGUGCUCAUCUUGAAGUACUGUUAUACAUAUGACAUAUUUUUAUGUUAAUCCUUUAACCAUCCCGAUACUGACUUCCUUGUACCAAGUACAAUUAUAUUUGUUUACAAUGUCAUAUUGUCUAUUUACGCAUUGUUGUAUAUUCACUAUUAAAACCUUCCUUGAAGAAGCA